AUGGCUGUCGUUCUAUCGUCAGAGGAGAACACCUACUUCUCCUCGAACUUGCGGAGGUCGCAUUCGCAACCCAAGUUCGUCACGAAACAAUCCGGCUUCCACUCAUCCGCCUCUGCGAGCCAACUAAGCGACGCUUUCAUGGACUCGAAGGCCUAUCCGGACUCCGCGCCUUCCUCUGCUCCCUCCUCUCCCAGAACUAUCCAUGCCGAGUCUACCGACCUGUCGUGCUCGUCAACGCCCGCCAGCAACGUCUCAAUAGCCUCCGACUGCGACGACACCUUGGAUCUCGCCGUGCACGCCAAUGACCACUUUGUGAUUCCCCAUUACGGAGAAGCAGGAUACUUCGACCAGGACGUGGAAGAUUUAGAACCCCCAACGAGCCCUCGGACAGGUGACUCUUACACGGUUUCGCCCACGGAAAACGACACCGACGGAAACACGUCCCGACCCAACACACCAGAGUUCAUCCUUGAUGUAGAACACGCAGAGGAUGACACGGCAGUACGUGCACAACCGUCACGACACGUCGACUACCUGUCGCACAACUGGAAAGAGGAGGAUAUUUGGUCAUCAUGGAAAUUUAUCGUCUCACGGAGGUCGGAAUACAGCAAUGCCGCCCGGUUAGAGAACGCUUCUUGGAGAACAUGGAUGAAGGCGAAAAAUAAGCUCAAAACCGUGUCGCCAGAAACACUGAACUGGCUCAAGGACUGUGAUGUCACUUGGCUCUACGGACCCUUGCAGACUGGUCCCAAUACGUUGAACCCCAUCAGCACCGACCCUAAUAGUGCGAGGUUGACCAAGAACAAUUCCUUCGUCAACAAGAAGCCUAUCCUCAAGAAGAGGAGUAUGUCGGAAAUCAUGCUGCAGAGGUCACUCUCUGCCUCCUCCUUGGUGAAGCAGGCGGCCGCGGCCGUUCAGGCUCAGGAAAAGGAUGGUAGGAGACGACUUGCACGACCGACGCUCGAGCGUGCGACGACAGACUACGUCACAUUUCCCUUUUCGUCGAGGAGACUGAGCCGCGAGAGCUCCAACCUCUGCCCAUCCAGCACAUCCUCCGGUAUCAUCUCACCCAGUAGUGAGAAGAAGCACAUCCACUUCAACGAGCAAGUGUCUCAGUGCAUCGCCGUUGAUAUCAAGGGAGAUGAGGAUGAGGAUGAAGAUGCCGACACCGAACGCUACGACAACAGUGACUCGGAUGAGGGCGCCAUCAUGAUGAAGAGGUCAAAGACGAAGAAGAAGACGCCACUGCUGAGGAAAAAGUCGGCAAAGGCGGCUGCCGCUGCCGAGGGCAAAACCAUUGCCAUGCUACCCUCCACGACACUGAAGUAUCGCGAGGACACCCCCGAGCCGCCGGAAACCGCCAUGAAGCACAGCACGGGAGUGUAUCGCAGCCCCGUAAUGUCACCAUCAUCGUCCCAGGAGACCCUGCGACCCUCCAAAGGAUCCGGCAAAUUUUUCUUCGAUGAUGACGAUGAGGAAGAGGAGGAAGAUGCUCCCAUGGGCUGGCAAUCACCGACCAAGACGGACGACAAAUCACCCGGACUUCAACGAUCAUCGUCCACCAGCAGUCUAAACGCCGAACCGGCUGGCAUGCGUAGGACCUCGUCAGAGCACACCAUUCCAGACUUCAGCCCUACGAUUCGAUCUAAGCCCUAUGGUAUGACGUCUCGUUCGGGGCCAACGGUACUCACCUUCGCCCUCGAGGACUGGCCGCGGAAGGACGGGCCUUCCACGAGGGCCAGCAAGCCCAAGGUCCGAACGGGGUGCAUCACCUGCAAACGACGGCGGGUGAAGUGCGACGAGACGAAGCCGACUUGUCAGAACUGCACCAAGCGCCGGAUCUCAUGUGAGGGCUACAUCACCGAGCCGCGGGCAAAGACGCCUCCAAAACAGGCGCUUCGGAAUUCCCGCGAGUCCGGCAGCGUUUCUCCGAUAUUCAUCAACCCAAACUACGAGAGUCUCGUCUUCACCACUCAGCUCCAGAGGGAUCAUUUCGACAACUGGCUCUUGUUUGCGAAGGACGCCUUGAUAUUCCCGUCAGAACUGAUCACCGAGACGAUACCGCAACUCGCUCGUUCGGAUCUAGCAGUGAGAAAUGCCGCCUUCGCCAUCGGCGCGGCGUCGUUGGGGAGCAGCACUCGAGAGCAGCGUCUCAAGGGCGAGGGGCCCUACUAUGCAGACGCUCUGAAAUACUACAACCGCUCGUUGCAACUCACAGCAACGUCUCCCACUACGGAAGAAGCCAUCCCAAGGGUUCUUUUGACAUGUCUUCUGUUCUUCAUGUUCGAAGCUUUGCAGGGGAACAGGAAAGAAGCCUUGAUACAUCUCAAUCACGGCUGCCGCGUGUUGGACCAUUACGAGCGUCGGUUCGGACGAAAGAGCACACCGCUAAUCGACGCGAUAAUCGCCAACUCCCAGCGCCUCACGAUGCAGUCGUGGAGUCACAACGGUUAUCAUCCAGAAGAGACCGAGGACGAGGUGCCGUGGUGCUGCAGAGGAAGACGUGAGCGGUAUGCGGUCGACGAAAUUCCGGAUGAGUUCGAAUCCAUCGACGAAGCGCAUCGAUGGUGGGAGGUCACGCAACAUUUCGUCAUACGCCACGCUCCACUCAUCAUAGGUUUUCGCGUGGAGGGAACGGGGAGCAAGGCGCCGGCCACAUAUCCGCCGAACCAGAGCCUGCCCAUCCCGCCGGAGCAAGUAAAAGGAUACGCCCGUUAUAUCGAGCGUUGGCAGGCCAGAUUCUUGCGCUUGAUGGAAGCGGAAGAACAGCGCGGCGGACAAAAAGAUGACAAGGAACGCUUAAAAGUGCUCGGUCUGCAGAUUCAAUCCGGCUAUCUCACAGUGCCAGUGAGGACAGCUAAUUAUACAGAUGUGGAGACCCUCGCGACGUUGAACGAUACCUUUCGCGAAGUUGUCUCUCUCAGCAAAAAGUUCCUCAAAAUCUACGAGAGCCAGCCGAAGAGCGGUGAGGUUUUCACCAUGGACAGCAACAGUCCGACCUGGGCACUCGGGGCCGCGAGUAUGUUAUGCGCCGACGAGACUACCCGCGCAGACGCGGCGAGGUUGCUCCGUGAGUUCCCCCGCCGCGACGGCUUGUGGGAUACCCAGACCUACGUGGCUAUGAUGGAGGCAGUGGAGAAGGCGAAACAGGCGAUCACGGGCCGAUUGGGCCAAGACAAGACGGAGCACCCGUUCGACUAUGAGGUCGUGUAUGAAGACAAGUCUGUGUCGUGGGUCAAGACGGUUGACAACCCUGAGGCGGUUGAACCGGACAUGCUGGAGUACAAGAUUGAGAUACCUUGA